AUGUGCCGCAGCACAGCCUCCCCCGCUCCGCUGCAAAACGCCGCCACGCCUUCCCCUCCCCAGCCCCCCUCGCUUGCCCCGUGUUCCCUCUCCCCCGCCUCCCCUGCGCUGCCUCCCCCACUCCCCUGCCCCGCGCCCUUCCCCCCUGCAGUGCACGGCUCCUUGCUGCCCGCGUGCACGCGCUGCCCUGGCAGAGCGCCCAGCCCUCUGCUCCAGUGCCGCAGCAGCACCUGCCAUGUGUGCGGGGUUGGGCAGGGCGUGUGCACAGCAGAGCAUGCUCCUCGCCUCGCACCCCAUCAGCUCUCAUUCUCCCCUCGCCUGUCCACCACGUCUCCCCGCGUCUCCCGCAUGGCGAGCAGGCGCGCGCUCACUGCCUCCAUGCGGCUUGCCGCGCCGCCACUGCCGCUCGCCACGCCUGGGGGCGAAUGGGGGAACCGGGGAGAGGCGGAAUGGGGAAAUGGGGAAAUGGGGGAAAAGAGGAGGGGGGAGGUGAGAGCGGGAGGCGGAGGGGAUGGAGCGCAACAGGGACAAAGAGACGGGCGGAAGGAAAGGAAGCGGGAUGACGAAAGGAGAGGGCGGUGGGGACGAGGAGGCGAGGGAGUGGCGGAAGCAUAA